UUUGACAGGUGGCGAAAAUUUUUGUUUUGUUAGAAACUAAACAAACGUGAUUUUUUACUGUUAAUUUCCCUUAAUUUUCUUUAAAAAUUUCCGUGAUUUUUCACUCGCCUUUGGCCUCUUUCGUUAUCAUUCCGCGAGUUAUUAGUUGUUAAAAAGUGACUCGUGCAUGAAUAAAUUAGUUUUGUUAUGGCUACCAGCAGUUCAGACGAAAGUAGCACUGCUCCCAAAGAUUUUCAUAUUUCCUCGUCGAUAGACAGUGGCAGUCGUCUAAGUUUGUCAAGACAAAAGUGCUUGUUGUGCUGCAACUCCCGAAAAGUGUUUUAUUGCAAAGAUUGCAUCCACAGUGGCCUCUUCUACCAUUCAAAACAUCAAGUCGCGGAAAGUUAUUUAGAUAAACGUAAACUGUUACUAGAACUCGAGGAUAACAAGAAGAAUUUGGAGAAGAAGUGUCUUAAACACUUUGAGUCAAGACAGAAGGCUGAUGUGUUGCAUUCCAAGAUCAGGCAGUGCAGAGACAGGAAUAGAAUUAUUAAACUUGCCGUGGAAGAGAAAAAGCAGAAACGUCUCAAAUACAUCGCCGACUUAAAUAGGUUAAAAGAGGAAGUUAAAAGAACUUCGGAAAAGUUGAUCAAAUAUGACCAGAAAGUGUCACAAAUUGAACAGUAUGCUGCUGAUAAAAGAGACAAAGUUGAGAAACAACGAGAGUUGCUUGAGCAGAAACGACGCGAGAUUAUGAAACUUGUGAGACUCAGAAUUGACCAACUCAAAUAUGUGUUUCCUAUCAAAAAAGUGGAACCGAAAUUGGAAGUUGAAUCGGCUGAAUCUGAUAUGGUUAGUGCAAUCGCAGAAGCCUCACAAACUAUGUAUGUAAGGGAUAGGUGGGAAUAUGCAGAUUUUUUAACUGAUUCAAGUGAGCUGCAAUAUUCCAUUGUGGAACCGACUCUGCCCGGGUCAGGGAAUUACUCGCUCUACAAUUUUUGGGUUUCGAAGAACAAAGAUGUCGUCCCUGUAAACCCAAACCCCGACCUGGUCGAACACAACCCCGGUUAUAACAUCAGCGCAGCCCUUACUUACACGGCCCAACUUAUUAACGUUUUAGCAUUUUAUUUCAACGUCCGUCUACCAUAUCGUAUGGUGUACAGCGAUUUCUGCGGGAGUUACAUGGACGAAGCCCAGUUUACACGACGAGUAGCACGACUUAAUGCUAACGUUUUAUACUUGUGUUUCUCCCAAAAUAUUGAUCUGUCUUAUCUAAAAGCGUGCGAAACUAUACAUAAUCUACUGAGGCUGAUCGACACUAGCAAUCCGCAUCUCGGAAGACAAGGGCCGUUUGAAGUUGAUGGUCAUCAAGCCGAAUCGCUUGAAAAACCCCUAACAAGGGAUUUGGAAUUCAGUGGUGAUAAUACUGAUUCAGAUGAGGGCGAUAGCUUCCACCGGGAGUGGGAAACUGUGCCCCAUAUUCCCUGUCCUGAUGUCUCGACUGUCACGCCCCCAGUACAAUCGGCGCAAAUGAUCACUACUCAACAAGCUACAAGUAUGGCAGGAGGACUUGUCACUAGUGCUGCUCAAAGUCUUGCGUCGAUGUGGCGGGGAUUCACCGGAAGAUAGUUUUUUUUUUUAUUUCAUUGAAUAGCUUUUUUUUUCGAUUCCAUUUCUCUCGGUAAUAGGCUAAAUUAGAUUAACUUAUUAAUGAUUUUUGAUGAGUCUUCUAACAAAAAUUUCGUUUAAUAAAUGACUGAAAAGUUAUUCACAUUUUAAAGAGACUCAGUGGGAUUAUAAACCAGAAAUGCGUAUUUUCAAUUAGUAAUUUUUUAAACGUAACAUUGAGCCUUUUUAAAUGUUCUUAGGAUUGUAAUGGAUAACUUCCUGCUUAUGAAAUUAAUCUUAAGAUGUUAAUUUUUAUGAUGCACAGAUCAGUUCCUUUUUUUCAAAUUUCGGGAUUAAUGUAAAUUCUGUUUGAAUCGAAAUAUUUCGCAUAGUUUGUUCUAUAGGGUUGAAAAAUAUCACUGAUGAGACCACAUUUGUUUUUGUUUUCAGUUUUUUACGUGCUCUAGUUAGAAUAAUUAUUGAAAUAGAAGUGUUUUGUAAUUAGAAUCAUAAUCUAUUGUGAUAUAUUUAAAAAUUGUACAUUUUUCUAUUAUAAGUGUAUGUUAAAUUAUAUAUUUUAAUUAAAUACAAAACUUAUUGAUGAUA